CCCUCGUUGAUUCUUUAUAUAUCAAUUAUCUACAUUUACAUUUCUAUUCUCUGAAGAUCCAACUAAUAUAAUGAUUCAAAAUUAGCCUAUAUGAUUGUGUUGGAUAACAAAAUUCCCACAGUAACAAGUCUACACAGCAAAAAUGCCAACCUCAGAACCUAAUGAUUCAAAUAAACCAAGCUCAGCUGAUUCAAAUGAUGCUAGAAAAUUUGAAAAUCUAGAUAACACUGUUAACUUUAAUAACUACAUUGAGGAGCUUACUUUAAAAAUAGCAAAUCAUACCAAUAAUCAAAAGCUUAACAAAGAAGCUUUAUGCAAAUACCCUGAUGAAGGAGAUAAUAGUAUUGUUUCUAAGCUCGAUUCUAGUGUUAAAAAGACCACUAACUUCAUCAAGAGGCUUAAAAACAUGACAGAACAGCAGAGGGAAGUGCUUACCAAGGAUUUCAAUACUCUAAACUUGACCAAAUAUCUGGAAGAAAUGGCUUCUGCCAUAUUUGAAUGUCGACUUAAAAUGUCAGAUGUUCCUCUGGCUGUUCAUAUUUGCUUUGAGUCUCAUAGAAGAUAUUCUGACUUUUCCUCCUACCUUUUCACACAAAUCCAAAAAGUUUUGACUUCAUUCAUUUCAUCUACCAGUUUUCAAGCUCAAUCAAUUGGUGAAGACAGUCACUCCCAACUUACUACAUCUAGCUCCAUUCCAAACAUGGCCAAAUUUAGAGUAGAUUUGCGCCUGGCAGCUGAGCUCAUUGCCUCCCAUAUGUUCAUUCGGGAAGAUCCAAACUCCUUAGGAUUUGAUCUAAUAUUUGCUGCCUUACACUCAUUAGUCGAAUCCGACAAAAGGGAAGACUAUCGUCAUUUAUCCAUCCUCACUGGCUUCGUCAAACACUUUCCUGAGGAAUAUUUAGGGAUUUAUAACCCUAUUCCUUCCGAUUUUCCAUCUUUUUCAUCUGCGCAAAUACCAAGCUUUAAUACAUUUAAACCUUAUCAAACAGCCUCUUUAGUUUCACUCAUGGUACGAACCUACUUGGAAAGAUCGAUAAAACCCCGCCUAGAUCAGGAGUUCUCAGAGCUUCGAUCUCAGAACCGCUCUAACCGAGCUCAGUUUCGAAAUAAGGGUGAAUUGCACCCAGAUAGAAUUGCUCGUUUCUCUGAUGCCGAAGCCCGCUUUCGGAAAUUGCUGUCUGGAGCUCGUAAUCUGACCCAGGCUCUGAAAGGUGCAGCUCUCACUUUACCGGACUAUGUUUUAAAAGUCGAUGUUGACAGUGAAGAUGAAGGGGCACGAGAUAAUAACGAAGGGUGGAAGGAUAUGGAUAGCGAUGGUGGUUCAAAUAAAAAAGGAGGGGAAGACAAGGAAUGGUGGGACGAGGAAGAAGACGCACCAAACUUUUACAAAGAUCUGCCAGAUCUCAGAGGUCUCGUUCCAGGAGCCUUAUUUAAAGAGGCAUCUAGUCUCGUCGAUGAGAAUAAGAACAAGAAAGAAAAAGAAACGAGCGAAGCCGGAAAUAAGUUGCCUCAAUUAACAAUCAAAGAUAAGGAAAACAUAAAGGACCUGAGAGAUGGUAAGAAGGAAAAUAAAGUAAAAAUCAAUGACCUUGAUAAAGAAAUGAAUAGUAAGGAGGAAGUGGUUAUUAAUGGACGCAAGGGGAUCAAAAAGAAAAGGCGUCGAAAAUCUGCCGAGCGUUCGGCUUUUGAACGUUUCCUGGAUCGCACCAUAUCCCUCGAUAUUGAAAAUCAAGUUGCCCUUACCCCUUCAAACCUGCCCUCCGUUGAUUCUAUUGACUCGACCGAAUACGAAGACGCCGAAGACUAUGACGAAGAAGACCAAGAAACUAUAUCAUCUUGCUCUGCCUCGCUUGUCGGGGGAGUGGAAGACUACUCGGCCCCACCUUCUGGAACUGAAGAGGAUGACAAGUCUAAUCCUCACAUUCUUCCACCUACUCUAUCAAAUAGCUCGUCGCUUGCCAAAUUGAGGGCCGACGAAUUUCUCGAAAGCUUAAGCUCUAAAAUAAACCGGGACCUAAUCGAUGAGGCAGCGGUCAAGUUUGCCACCCAUCUAAACAAUAAGAUAAACCGUAAGAGACUCGUGGCUCAUUUACUUUCCGUGCCUCGCAAUCGUUCCGAUCUGCUCCCUUUCUACGCGCGAUUAGCGGCCUCUCUGGCGCCUUGCGUGCCUGAACUCGGGACCGAAUUAUCUAAAAAGCUAUACGCUAGCUUUCGCUACCAACUCCGGAAGAAGGACCAAAUCAACCUCGAGGUAAAACUCAAAAUAGUUCGCUUUCUCAGCGAACUAACCAAAUUCUCCCUGUUUCCACCCCUGGACGCCUGCUAUUGUGCUUACCUGCUAAUCAACGAUUUCAAGCACCAUAGCUUGGAAAUGGUUUGCGCCUUGUUGGAAAAUUGCGGCCGUUUCUUGCUCAAACAGCCCGCUACCCGUAGGAGGGCUAAAUUUUUGCUCGAGCUCCUUACAAGAAAAAUGAAAGCCCUACCAGCUUUGGAUGAAAGAUAUUGCGCUCUAAUCGAGAACGCCUACUAUCAUUGUCUACCACCUCAGUCUUCGACAGCUGAUUCCAGGGGUCAUUUGAGUGAAAAAAUAAUGGAGGCCUCCCUGCCUCCUCAGCGCAGGUAUCUGAGAAGGCUUCUCUACCACCACCUUAAAGAAGUCAAGGAUUAUAAGGACUACAAAGAUGUCAAAGAUUCUGCCAUCACAACAUCCAAAGACCCAAAACUCGAACAACUACGUCAGCCGCGUUCACUCGAUUCUAUCGUCAAAGCGCUCCGAAAACUAGAUUGGGAAGACUUUAGGGACCCACAAACUGAAGACGAUAACCCCGAUAUAAAUUCCUUGACAUCUCUGGAAGAAUAUUUCGUAAAAACAAUCCUAGCACUGGAUAAAUUUUCCUUCGAAGAUCUUCCCUUCCUGGCCGAUCUCGUGUCACGUUUAGGAGCUUAUCGUGGAGACACCAUAGGCGUUGCCUUGGUAGAUGACCUCUUGGAAAUCAUACACCCCUUCCAACCUUACUCGAAUUCUGUAUCCGACGAUUGCCCUCAGAUUCUUGUAGCCGCCAUUAAAUUACUAGGAGAACUUUACAACGUAAGACUGGCUGAUACCUGCUUAAUUUUCAAGCUCUUGUACUCCUUAAUUAUUAGCGGCUCAGGCCCUCUAUGGCUCGAAACUGACCAAGACAACCUUUUUUCUCUGAGAGCUGCGCUUGUUUUACUUGAGACAUGCGGUCCUUAUUUUGACCGAGGUAGUAUGAGAAAAAGACUGGAUUGCUUUUUGAUCUAUCUCCAGAGAUUAUAUUUGGAAAAACGGGAAUGGCCUUGCUGGAUAGAUGACAAUGGUGAAUCUAAAUUUCCAGUCAAUUUAAUUAAUCACUAUCGAGACGUUUUGGAUAUGUUACGGCCGAAAUUAAAAAUAUAUGACAGUUAUCAAGAAGCCGAUGGAGCAAUUAAAGACAUCGAAAAGGAGUACUUGAAUCAAAUCAAGAGUCAAAUUACCGAGGAAUCCACUCUACUCCCUUAUCUUUCACAUCUUUUCCCUGAGUCGGAUAUCAAUGAUUUAUCAAAGGAUAUUAAUGGCGAAACUGAGUUUAAUCAAUUAUCGACCAUUCAGGAAGAGAGUGAAAACUUACCAAUCAUGCUCGAUAACGAAAAUGAUAUUGAUAAGUUCGAACCUCCCCAAAUUGAUGAGAUGAAUAAUCAUACUUUAGUUUCAUCUCCCAUCUUUUACGAUAGCAUUAGUCCUAAGCUUAUGAAAUGCCAAGAGGAUGAGGAUUUUCUUAAAUCAUUUGAUUCUAUGAUAUCGGAAUCAAUACAGCAAAGAUCUCAAGAUACGGUCAAAGUCCAGAGCUUAGAAAUUUCCUUACCUGCUAGCAUAAAAUCAAAAACUUCUAAAUUAUCUUCAAAAUUAGCAGAAGAAGCUCUCGAUAAUAUUAAUUCUAUUGAAAAUUUGAAUGACGAAAAUAAGGAUGAAAUAGCAGAUCAAAAUGGACAGUUACCAGAGAAAGGGGAGGAAAAAAUAAUGGAUUUCGUGUUGAUUUAUAAGAAAGGUAACAAGCCACACUUCAAAGAUAUUCAAAUUCCUUUUGAUGUCAAACUGGCGCGUAGGAUUAAGAGUUUCGAAGAGGCCGAAAGAAAGGAAAAGGAACAAAUGAAAAAGCUAACACUUAAAAUUAACAAACUUCAAGAGGAAGAAGAACGAAAAAAUGAGCUUCUUGAACUUCAACAGAAAAGCAGUAUGCCUAUCUUUUUCAAAGAAAUCAAAGAUAAUUCUAAACCUCAACCUUACUUCAAUAACUUACACAAUAGCUUGACCAAAACUUUGGACGCUGGUAAUAAGGGGAGUGGACAUUACCAUCAACCAUACCAAUAUCAGCACUCGACAUACAAUGGCAAAUGAUAAAAAUAUUUUAGGAAUAGUUUAGGAUUAAUGGCGUUAAUAUGGGAUUACCGGGGAAAACCUAAUGUUAACAAAAUGGUUAUUUUAUCUUCGUGAUCGAAGACGUGAAAUAGACCAAAAUAUUGAUUUUCCUAUUAAUUUUUUUAAAAAAAAUUUUGACAUAUCUUUUAUUUAAUCAUUAUAUACUUUUAUUUUCCUUUUUUUUCCUUCUAAAAAACGGCUCUCGAAAAAAGUCUCUUAGUUGUGCAGCUUCUCCUUAAAGUAUGAGUUAUUACUUUUCUUAACUCCAUUUGAAAUAAAAAUUUCACCAAAGAUUCAGAGCCAUACCGUUUUCCGUUCUUUGAUGAUUUUAUAUUAGCCCACUAUCAUAAUCAAAUCAUAUUUCGUGUUUCAACUUGAAAACCGCGAUCAGAUGCUAAAUCGACAUUUCGCGCCAAAAUUUAUAAGAAUAAAAAAAUUGUAUUCGAUUUUAAUAUUUAAUCUCUAUUUUUAAAUGUUUAUAUAUAUAUGUCUGAUAAAUUUGCUCUGUAACAAAUAUUUGUCAAGUGAAUA